UCACACGUGGUUGGUCCGAUCACCACUUCCCCAAAACCUCAAACUCCCACAGCUUAAACUUCAUGAUUCCCACGCCAACGGAAUAAACCAAUGAAUUUCAACAACUCAACCAUUUUUCUCUGGUGAGCCAUGAACGCCGCCAGAGGUCUGCUCAUUUCCCUCAACUCCGCUCCCAAAACCCACCUCCCCGCUCUCCACUGCAAGCCCCGCCCCUCGCCUUUCCCGCUACGCCCCUCCCGGAGCUCCCACUUUCGCCGAAUUGACGGCGGAAGCACCUUCAUUUGGAGUGCAAGAUGGGGAAGAGUGCGGGCGGAUGUCAAGUCGGAAACUGUGGAGUCGGCGCCGGACUCGGCUCGGCUCGACCAAGCUCUUGCCGCGGAUGACGGCGUCGCCGCCGACGACCUUCCGUGGUGGGAGGAGUUCCCGAAGCGAUGGGUGAUUGUGCUCCUCUGCUUCUCCGCUUUCCUGCUCUGCAAUAUGGAUAGAGUGAACAUGAGCAUGAGUUUUCUGCCUCUUGAUUCUUAUACUAAUAUAUGUGCAGUUGAUAUCUUAUCGAUUUGUCAAUGACAUGAAUGUCAGAUUGCAGGAGGGAUAUGGGCAGACACUGUUGGUGGCAAAUUUGUUUUAGGAUUUGGUGUAGUUUGGUGGUCAGUAGCAACAAUGCUCACACCAGUUGCGGCAAAACUUGGUUUGCCUUUUUUACUUGUCGUCCGUGCUUUCAUGGGUAUCGGAGAGGGUGUUGCAAUGCCUGCUAUGAAUACUAUACUAUCAAAAUGGGUUCCUGUAUCCGAGAGAAGUAGGUCGUUAGCAUUGGUUUACAGUGGGAUGUAUCUUGGAUCUGUCACUGGUCUGGCCUUUUCACCGAUGUUGAUUCACAAGUUUGGCUGGCCAUCUGUCUUUUAUUCAUUUGGUUCUCUUGGCACAAUUUGGUUAGCUUUGUGGCUUAAUAAGGCUCACAGUUCACCCGCAGAGGAUCCUCAACUACUGCCUGCAGAAAAAAAGCUUAUUGUUAGCAACUGCAUAUCGAAGCAACCGGCUAAAUCGAUACCAUGGAAAUUGAUAUUAUCAAAACCACCUGUGUGGGCUCUGAUAGUAUCUCACUUCUGUCACAAUUGGGGAACGUUUAUCCUUCUUACCUGGAUGCCUACAUAUUAUCACCAGGUGUUGAAGUUUAAUCUCACCGAGUCAGGACUGUUUUCUGUCUUUCCAUGGCUUACUAUGGCAUUUUCUGCCAAUUUGGGUGGUUGGAUUGCAGAUACUCUAGUAAGUAGAGGUGUAUCGGUAACCGUGGUUAGAAAGAUGAUGCAGACGGUUGGAUUCUUAGGCCCAGCGUUUUUCUUGACUCAGUUGAGCCAUAUUGAUUCCCCUGCUAUGGCAGUUUUGUGUAUGGCUUGCAGCCAGGGAACUGAUGCCUUUUCACAAUCAGGAUUAUAUUCGAAUCAUCAAGAUAUUGCUCCUCGAUAUUCAGGUGUAUUGCUUGGUCUAUCUAAUACUGCUGGAGUGCUGGCUGGAGUUUUCGGAACCGCGACAACUGGUUACAUCUUGCAACAUGGUUCGUGGGAUAAUGUUUUCGAAGUGUCUGUGGGGCUCUACUUAGUUGGGACCGUGGUGUGGAACCUUUUCUCGACUGGCGAGAAGAUCAUUGAUUGAGCCUGGAUAUCGGACCUUGAAACAUACAGGAUACAGUAAUAAACUUAGGAAUCUAGCUAGCUCUGCUGCAAACAAAGCCCAUUUAUAGGCUCGUUUUUGCUGCGAGGAGUCUUUCAUGAACCGGGCAGAGCAGACUGACUCCGCGUCUGAGCCGGAAACCAUGGGAAGCAAGGAUUCAGGGAUUGAAGGUGCCCUUGAUGUAUAUAAAUGUAUUAUGUACACGAAUUCAUUGAUAAUAUGUGAUUGGAAAGGCUUCAUUAUAUGUGAUGAUAGAUUAAUUUUGUGCA